UCCUCCUCAAGCUCUCUCCAAUGGCGACGAUCCUAUCCCGGAGCACGAGCCGCCUCCGCCUCGCGCGGCGGUGCCUCCACCCGCCGGGCAGGCCCGCGGAGCCAUCGCCGCCGCCGCCCGGGGCUGUCCGGAGCCCAUCCUCUCCGAUCCUCCGUCCGCUCGUGCCUGCGGGCGUUGGAGUGAAGUCGCUGCGGUUGUACGCGAGGUGCCUCUCGACCGCCGCGAGUGCAGCUGCUGUUGGUUCUGGAGAUUCGGAGGCGAAAGCUCCCGCCGAGGCCACUCGUGGAGGGGACGAGAAAUCCGGAGGAUCCAAUCGAAGCGGCGAUGCCGGCAAACCUGUGCGCGGAGGGCCUGUUUCGUGGUUGAGUUUUCUUCUGUUGGUUGCGACUGGAGCAGGAUUGAUCUUUUACUAUGACAAGGAAAAGAAACAGCAUAUCGAAGAUAUAAGUAAUGCUUCAAAAGCAGUCAAACAAGGACCUUCUGUUGGCAAAGCUGCAAUUGGUGGGCCAUUUAAUCUUAUUAAUGAUAAGGGGAAGAAUGUAACUGAAAAGGACUUCUUGGGGAGAUGGACGAUGAUCUAUUUUGGUUUUACUCACUGCCCCGACAUCUGUCCGGAUGAGCUACUGAAGCUGGCAGCUGCAGUUGAUAAAAUAAAAGAAAAAGCAGGGUUCAACAUCGUGCCUGUCUUUAUUUCUGUUGAUCCUGAGAGAGAUACUGUCGAGCAGGUCCAUGAAUAUGUCAAAGAGUUCCAUCCAAAUUUAAUUGGCUUGACCGGUACUCCAGAUGAGAUAAAAAAAGUUGCUCGUGCAUAUCGAGUUUACUAUAUGAAAACGGCAGAGGAAGACUCGGAUUAUCUUGUCGAUCACUCAAUAGUCAUGUACUUGAUGGGUCCAGAUAUGAAUUUUGUGAAAUUUUUCGGCAAGAAUAAUGAUGUCGAUGCACUUACAGAUGGCGUGAUCAAUGAAAUAAAGCAAUACAAAAAGCAAAAGUAAAUUAUUCUUUUGGGUAGCGAACACGGGUUAACUCGAAGAGUUUCUUUCAGGCACGGCAGCGAAUGUUGCUUGCAUCAUUUGUUAGUUUCUGUCUUCUGACUAAUGGCUGCUUUGAUACCGAUUUGGUUGUCGAGUUGUUUGCUCCGUUGUUGGGGAUACUGACGCCUCGAGAACAUUUCUUUUGUAAGAGUAGAGAUGUCUGUGGAACUUAUGGACUUUUAUCUUUUCCAUACAAUUAAGAGGAAGAAUAUGUUCGCGUUCAA